AUGCUUUGUGCGGCGCUCGCGGGAUCCAUCGCACGGGUUAUUAGCCAUCCCUUGGAGACCAUCAAAACGGUCGCGUUUACGGGCUUUGCGGGGAACGGGCCGACCCCUACCGGGCAGGGCGGGAUUCCUCACGCGGCCACCCCCUUCCCACCGCAUUCGCGUGCGACGCCUCUCCCUCGCGUUACUUUUUUCUCCUCGGCAAAGGAUAUUUGGCGGCGGGAGGGGGUCGCGGGGUUUUAUCGCGGCGUCGGCAUCUCCGCGAUCGGGGCGGCCCCCGCGAUGGGGUUGUAUUUAUCUAGCUACGACUGGUGCAGCGCGCGGUGGCGGGCGCUGGGGGAGAGGCCCGCUCCUUCUUCUUCUUCUUCGGACGUCGUUUGGAGCCCCUGGGAGCGGGCGAUUCGCACCGUCGCGGCGAAUACCCCCUCCGCGGUCACCUCCCUCACCUGUGGGUUUCUCGCGGAGGCGGCGAGCUGCGUCGUGUGGGUGCCCAUGGACGUCUCAAAGGAGCGUUUGCAAUCGCAACCCCCAAGUCUAGAGGGGCGGUAUCGAAAUAGCUGGGACGCGCUCCGGACGAUUGCCCGCUAUGAAGGGGUGUAUGGGCUUUAUCGCGGGUAUGGCUCGACGUUGUGGAGCUUUGGUCCAUUUUCCGCGGUUUACUUUUUCAGCUAUGAGAUUUUUAGUGAUCUUUUGACGAAGCUCUGCUACACGAAUGGCGCCCCGACGCAUCUGGAUAAUGAUCCUAACAACACCGAUCAAAGAACGCGUAUCCUCAUCGCGCUUGGCGCCGGAGCGGGGGGCAACAUUAUGGCUUCUUUAACAACCAACCCCCUCGAGUUCGUCAAGACACGUUUGCAGGUGCAAAGGGCGAUUUUAAAAGGCAACAAGAGUCCCUAUUAUAAGUAUCAAUAUCGUGGUCUUUAUGAUGGUUUGGUGACGGCUAUCAAGGAGGAGGGGGUGCGAGGACUUUGGAGGGGGGUGGGAUGCCGGAUGGCGCAUGCAGCACCCAACGCCGCCUUGGCCAUGGCAUUUUAUGAAUACUUUAAGGUAAAAAUGGGAAAAGCCUAA